UGUGUCCUAUUUAUACACAGAUGCAAAGAAUUGUGCUAUAUAUUUGUUAACAUAACAUUUUCUUGGUGUUUGAAUAGAAAUUCUUUCAACAUCGAUGGCUGGUAGAGGAAGAGGCAGAGGAAAAAAUGUUUCUUUUAAUGUUGAAGCUUUAGGUUUUGGGAGAGGGGAAGCCCUUCCAGGUCCCAUCUCACAGCCACCACCACUUUUUCCAAUUGCUGAGUUCAAGCCAAUUCCCUUUGAACAAAGUGAAGAGUUUGACUAUAUGUUGGCUCUGAAGCAGGAGUUUCUUGGAAACAUUCGUAAAUCUCCAUUUUACCUUCAAGCAGCAAACAAGAAAAAGGAUAUCGAGAGAUACUCAGACAAGUAUCAGGUUAUAACAGAAGUCAAUGGAAAAUGGAAGCCAGAUUGGAGAAGACUUCCAGCUGAAUUGAAACCAAAAUUGCCAAGGAAAACAAAGUCCAAAAUAAAACCAACAGUAAAGGUGAAGACAAUGACCAAACCCAGCACAGUAGAUGUAUCCAAGACCUUAGAGGAGCUUGAGAAAACCGAGGUGGAGGAAAAGGAUGAAGAGGAGGAGGAAGAAGGAGGAGGUAAAAAAGAGGAAGGUACUGUGGAGGAGGAGGACGAGGAGAUUUAUGAUGAAGAGGAUAUUGAGGAGGAGACAGACUACAUUCUGUCAUAUUUUGACAAUGGUGAGGAAUAUGGCAAUGAUGAUGAUGAUGCAGAUGAAGGCCCAGUGUACUGAGGGAAAGGAGAAAACUCAACAGUUUACUGAGGAAAGGGAGAAAACAUGGCAGUUUUUUUUAGGAAAGGGAGGAAACUCUACAGUUUUGCUGAGGAAAGGGAGGAAACUCUUCAGUAGGAGAGAGAGAGGAAAAAAUUAACCUGGUACUAAACUUUUUUUUACUAAACAGGGAUGACAAGGCAACAGAACAUUUUAUGAGUGACAGUUAUGCAUUUUAAACAUUGACGAAAAAUCUCUUGGCCAUUGAAGUUGAAGUUGCAUUAUUGAGAAGCUUUACAAAUUUUCAUACUAGACAUUGUUACAUGGUAUUGGUAGAUCAACACUUCAUGAUAUGAAACUGAAUGCUUACAAAUGUUCAAUGAACAAUAAAACUGUUUUCCUUUCUAGUA